AUGCCCAAGCCAGAUUCCGAGAAAGAGGAACGAAAGCGAGUCAUUGGGCAUACCUGGCUGCGCAAUCCUGACGGAGGACCCCUCCCUCGACCGCCUCCGAACGGCAAGCGUACCCCAAACGGACUCAUAUGGGCCUCAUCGGUCGAUCGCAUCUAUCGCAUCCAACGCUUCCCGAAUAUCAAUGUCAUGACAGGGUGGUCAAUUAGCAUGGUGGCGGAAUUCAACGAGAACUACUGGGAGGUUGCCGACGAAAUCUACCCAGAGCCAGAUCCACAGAGGGUAUUGUCGUAUCCACUGCUGAAUCUGCCAGUAGAGAUCUGCCAGCCAGACGGUACCAUAUGGUACUCUGCUCGUCGCUCGAUUCAAGGAGCCACCAGGGGACUGCUGCCAGCGAUACCGCGAGACGUCGAGGUAGCCACUUCACCAUUCGGGAACUCCUUCGACGCCAAAUACAAGCUCGAAGAGCUCAUACCUGCUUCUUUCUUCCCCGAUAUCCUAACGGUGAAUGAUCCUCAAGGUGCCACCGAGGGAAAGAUCGCGAAGGAGGGGGCGCCGGACCUCGAACCCACCCCCAGAAAGUACAAGCGCGUCUGGCCAGUCGUGCAUCCUGAUGCAUCUGGCGAAUCAUCUGACGGCGACAAGAUAUCGUUCCUCAACCUCGCCGGCGCGCCUCUUCUCGGGAGGGGCAACCACUCUGUCGUGCAUCGCGGUGCUCUCCGUUUACCAUCAGGCAUCGAGGCCAAUACCCCGGACGGCUCUGCAGCCGUGGCAGUGAAGAUGGGCUUCCCAACUCGUGGGGCUAGGUCCUUACUAGCGCACGAAGCGGGUGUGUACAACCAGAUCUACGGUGAAGCAAACAAUGUUGGAUUUGACAGCACCGAGGUGAACCACGAGGUGGACGAGGGGGGUCGUCAGAGACAUCUAAUGGAACAUUGGACUGGGGUUAACCUCCUUACGCCUGACAUCACUCAUCCGGUGCCCGUUGGAGCUGUGGUUCCGAAAUUCUUUGGAUACUAUGUUCCCACCGAUGAAGCAGAAGCAGCUACCAAAUGCGCUGCAACUCGUGCCAAACUCACCAAGGAAGGGAAGUCAGAUGGUGGUUACUGGAAAUACUCCUCGUAUGAUGAAGAAGAGCUUAACUUACCCCCGGAGACGAUCCUCAGUCCGAUCCUCCUUCUCGAGGACUGUGGUAAGCCUAUCAAACCACAAAAAAUGAACAUAGACGAUCGAACGGAAUGUUUGUCGUUCCUCGUGCGCCUGUAUUUGGAGGACAUCAGCCAUAGCUCUUUCUACCCGCGUAAUAUCAUGGUUCAGCCUGGGCCUCUCACCAAAGCACCGAAAGACCGGACGAUGCAACAUCCGAGCUUCCGUCUUAUAGAUUUAGGACGAGCGGACCACUGGAAGAUGCACACGAAACGAGAAGUAGAGGAAUACAAGAGAAAACACGGCAAGGAUUUACCUGAAGAACGCCUGCAGAUUGGGCCGGAUGGGUACAUCAGAGACGAUGUAGAUUACACCCCGGAGCAGCGGGAGUGGAAGACGAUUGCAUUGAAGUGGGCACAAGCCAAGCAACGGGAGAUUAGUCGUGCUAGAGAGCAAUUAUUGAUGGAAAUGUGGGGUUAG